AUGGAAGAAGAUGCAAAUUAUAUAGGUAAGUAUUCAGAUGCACUAGGGAUUAAUUUAUCCAGUCUUGAGGAAGAUGGCACUUGUAGGCUCGAUGGUCGACACUUAACUAAUGGUGCUGUGCUUGAAAUGCGAGACGUUGUGCUGAAACUUAAGCGGCCAAUUGCUACACACAGCACUUGGUUACUCAAGAUCCUAGAGCAAAACGAUGUUGACGUGAGUAAUAUUAAAGACAGUACGCUGCGAGGGAAGAUUACUGUUAUCAAGAAUAUGCGACAGAAUUUAAAGAGCAGAAACAAAUCGAAGUUGGAUCCAUUUUUAUCUGAAAGGUUUGCCAUUCCUGUACCCAACACAAACAAGAAGAAAGCUGUUAAACGUCGAUGUGAAGAAGUUCAUCUGUCUUCUUGUAAAGAUUGUGAGAUGCAGUUUACUGUAAAUGAAAAGCUGGCGGCUGAGGUGAAGAUGUUAGAAGCUUCAAUAGUGGAUCUAAAGAGACAACUGGAGAUUAAACCGAAAGUUGUUGUGAAAAAGAUAGGUAGCUGCAAACGAUUGAACCAGACAAUUAGACGAAAGAAUAUGCAGAUAAAGUGUUUAAAAGCAAAAGUACAAAAAAUGAAGAAAACUAUGAGACAACCAUCAACACCUGUAGAUCAACAACUGACAAACCUGAAAGGUCAACUAUCAUCCAUAAAGAAACAGAAAUACAGACAAACAAGUGAAUAUAAUAAGAAAACUGGAAACCUGGAAUCAGACAUAGUUAAAGUAAGAAACAAAGUUGUGGUACUACAGAGGAAUUUGAGAUGGUUAGAGGAUGAAAACACCAAGCUAAACCAAGAAAUUGCAGUGUUUACAGCAUCGUCAUCAAGAGAGAUAGCCACCAAAAUAGAUGGUAAAACAUUCAACUGGCCUGUGCGGAAUGCAGUUUACUUUUGCCUUGAGCAGGAGGUUCCAGCAAGGAACAUUCCACAUGUACUGCGCUAUGCAGUUGAAGAACUUGCUGGCUUAAAAAUUGGAGUUUUACCGGAUGCAAUGUCUUGUUUGCGCAUGUUGCGGGAAAUGAGAGAGCUAUCCCGAAUGCAAGUUAGCGAGGUUUUAAAGUCAGCAACGGACACAACUCUAAAGUAUGAUGGCACAAACAAAAAGCGUACUCACUACUUGGAGGUGCAAAUUUCAGAUAAAGAUGCCACAUACACAACUGGCAUAACCAGGCUACCAUCUGGGACAGCUGCAGCCAACACCCAGGGGAUACUACAAACAUUUGAAGAUCUAGGAGCAGCAAGCCAGGCAACAGGAGGCUCAGCAUCUAAACAGCAUAUCCUGGACACAAUCACAAACACAAUGACGGACCGCUGUGGUGUAAACAAGGCUGUCAACAAGGAACUAGUUGAUUCUAUGUCAGAUGGUAGCAAACAUCUAAAUGAAUUUUUUUGCGGAAUGCACCCCUUGGAUACCUUUGCAAAAUCCUGUAACCAAUCUCUUUCAACAUGGGAGCAAGAGAUUCUACCAGCUGAACACAGAGCAAUGUGUUUUCGACGUAGAAGCUUAAGUGGUGCUCAAAGUUUCAUUGCUGGCGUCUGCAAGCUUUGCUUCAACAAUGCUGUUGGUGUUCCAGCUGAAAUAGAUGUAUUUUUAAAGAGCAGAGGGAUAAAAGUUACUGAUGUCUUAUCACCUGUGAUGGGAAACAGGUUCCACAUCUUGUAUCGUAAUGCAGGAGCAGUUCACUUCCUAUUGCCCCACAUUGUGGAAUUCCUGACCAAAGUGUGGCUGCCAACGAAUGACUUGCAGAGAGCUGUGUUGGUUGAUAGUAGGACGUCUGAAUACACAACAGGAUGCCGAGCUCUUGGCCUAAUAGGUAAAUAUGUGUCGGGUCCUUGGAUGAGGCUGGUGGAAAGGAACCAGAAUAUUCUUGAUUUAAAUACACCAUUUACGCUAGCUGUUGAAAGAAUGGAAAAUUGGAAGGUUAACGCAUCCUUACUUGUAAGAGGCGAAGCAGAAUGCUUGUUUGCCGAUGUUCCAGUAAUCAAAGAUGCUGUCUUCGAUAACUUAACUACACCUCAUGAAAAUGAUCAGCAAGUUGAAACAUUGUUGUUGAAACUUCUAGAUGUUAUUCUCGAUGUAUGUAAAAGACAACUUGAUGAUCAGCUGCCUGGUGGCAUACAUCAUGAUCCAAGUGAAGCAUUACAACAGCAAGCCAGGUCAUGUGUAGGAAACAACAUCAGUGGAGAACGAGUAUUUGGGCUACUAGACCACUAUGUCAGGAGAGCACCAAAUGCAAGCUUAAGUUAUAUUGAGAGUAAGAUUGUCUAUAAAUCAAACAAGACGUCAGAUUGGUUGGCGAAGAAGUCAGUGGAUGAACGAGAGGAGCUACUGUCGAAGGCGAGAAUGCUGUGCCUAAAAAGUAAGCAAAUAGAUGCAGAGAGAAGAGAGACAUUGACUGUCCAAAAAAGACAGCAUCUUGAUGAAAAACGGAAAGAAAUCGUCAACAAAGAAGAUAGGGCUAGGCUGCUCAAUGAAAACCUACUAAAUGACUUAAUGCAGUAUGGUGGACUAUGGCAAGAUGAUAUCAGCAUGGAUUCAAAUUUGGAGGCCCUGACGUCCAACAAAAGGCAGUUGAUUGCAUUGAAGGCCCAACUGAAUGUACGUAAGAAGAUUCUAAAUCAGAAGGCAAAUGCAUCCCUGUUCUGUUUUUCUUUUAAAAGAAAACAAUUUUCUGUUGAUAAAUUAAAAGAAAAUUUAUCUGUUCUGAUGUCCUCAGAAGAUUUAGAUGAUCUGCACAUAAAGAACAUAAUAAUGGACCCCCCAGUUCUCCUGGAAAAGAAAAUAGCUCAUUUGUGGUCAAAUGAGAAUGAUGGAAUCGUAUCUGACACAUGGUACAAAUGCACUAUAGAUAUGGAUGUAAUAUUGACAGAUGCAACAUAUAAGAAGGAAGAGAAGCUGUUUAUUAUUAAAAAAAAGAAGAAAGAGGAGCGACGUGAACCAAUAACUGUUUCUUAUCAAUUACGAGAUAUUAACACAGAAUUGGUGAAGGCAUGGCAAGAUAUAUUUGCACCUCAUGAAAAUGUUGUGGUUAGUGAAGGUGACAUAUUCAAAGAUGCUCCAGCUACAGACGCAAUAGUAUCACCAGCAAACAGUUUUGGAUUUAUGGAUGGUGGUAUAGAAUUAGCUUAUUCAAGACACUUUGGACUUCAACUAAUGAGUCGUUUACAAGAAACUAUUGAUAAUGAAAAAGAUGGAGAGUUAUUGGUGGGAGAUGCCUUAAUCCUUUCUACACAUGAGCACUGUGUAUUCGGAAAAACAGAACAAUCAUCAUGGCAAGGGUAUAACCAGGAUAUUCCAAUCAAAUUCUUAAUAUCAGCGCCAACAAUGCGUGUACCGAUGGAUGUAUCAAAUACAAUGAAUGCUUAUCUCGCAUUCAGAGCUGUUAUUUUAAAAGUGAAUAAACACAAUAAAAAUCCUGAGAAUGAUCCAAUAAAUUCAGUACUGUGUCCAGGUCUAGCCACAUCAUUUGGAAACAUGGCUCCGAGGCAAUGUGCACUACAGAUGAAAUAUGCAUAUGAGAUUUACGAAUUAGGAUUACACAAGAAUUUAAGACAUCCAGAAUCUCUUGGUGAAGUCUGGGAAAAACAACUAUCACUAUCAGCAGUAGGUGCAAAUAAAAGUGAUCAUGUUCAUAUCUAGACCUAAUUGCAGAAACCAAUUGAAUUUUAAUGAGUUGAACCCUCUAUCAAGGAAAUGUCGGAAAUGAAACUAUGUGCCAUUAAAUAAAAUUAUGACAUUAAUCGUGACACAGUCUAUCUGCCAUAACACUUUAGCUGUCAAUCAUGAUACAUCAGUGAUGCUUGAUCAUCUGCCAUGAUUCCAUGUCAAUCAUUUGUGACAGUUUUGAAUGAAAGUGGAAUUAUAGGUUUCAGUUAAGUAGUAUUGAAUCAUUCUGGCAAGGAUUUACUUAAAUGAUGUCCUUUCCUUAACCAACUGUAAUGAAGUACUUAUAAUAGCCUGUACUUUUGUUGGGCCUUAUGAGUACAGUACCAAGAAUAACAGAGUUUGCCAUAGUCUUAAAAAUUACCUUGGGAAAAAACAGGAUAUUUGUAAAUAUAUUUGUAGGUCUUAAUGACAUGGAGAACACAAGUUGUUUGAAAAUUAAGGAGAAACCAAGGAUUGUUAUUACUGUCAGAAAUUUAAGCAAAAACCAUGCAACUUUAGGACAAUUAUCUUAAGUACAGUAUUACAAGACCAAAGAACACUAUAACAAAAUUGCACAUUGGGAAAUUGUAAUAGGAGGUACAGCACUAGUUAAAACCUAGAAAGGCCCUAUAUUUUAUGGAGUACCAAGGUUGGUCGGCAAGAUGCGACUUGCCAUUGUAGUAUGAAAUGUGAAUUCUUGUUUUUUAAUAAUGUUCUUUGUUUUGAUGUUAUUUUCCAUAUUUUAAAAAAAAUAUGGAAAUUCAUAAAAUCAUGGAAACAAUCAGAUUUUGAUUUCCGCUUAUGAAUACCUGAAUCAUGUUUUAAAAAUAUUUAUGUACUUCGAAAGUAUUCAUAUUAUCAAAAAACUAAAUGAUUGUGUAUGUACAAUGAGGCAAUACAUAAUUUAAGAUUUUGAAACUAUAAAAAUUCACAAUAAAUAUUGUGAAUAUACGUAGUGUAAUUCUGCCAGCUUAUGUAUGUUAAAGACACUCUUAUCAAUAUGUUGUAGUUAAGGUUAUGUAAAUGAGCAAAUCUCUGCCAGUAAUUACCCUGUAAAAGAGGCUAUGGUAUUCAAUCAUCACAAUCAAUUAUGAGAGAAGGCCCACAGUUAGACAGAAAAGGCUGGAUGGUAAAGCUAAGUUUGUCAGUAUUCAUGAGAUGAAUAUGAUUUUUGUAGUUAAUGUUUGGUUUUGAAUCUUCCAUGUAGCUUAUUGUUUUUUCAAGCAUUUCAAUGUUUUAUCGCACAAUUCCUGGUAAAUGCCAUGAUAUUGCCAGCCUUUAGUUUUGUUAGCAAACUAUCAUGUAACCUCAAACACUUCAAGCACCAUCAGAAUGUUUUACUACAAGAUGGAAGUUCAUGUCUAAUAAUUCUGUAGAAUUAUACAGAAUAUUUAUGAAUUAUUACACUAUUAAGAUUUGAAAGAGGUUUUAUUUGGAAGAAAUAUUUUAUUACAGUAUUUAAUAUAUUUGUAAAACUGCACAAAUCUAUUUCAGAUAUGCUUAAGAUGCAGACUAAUUUUAUUCCAAACCCUUUGUCCCUUCUCAGGAAGCCCAACCAUUCAUAAACCUGGAGGCUAUGUUUUGCACACACCAGAUAAAUAACAUGCUAACAGUUGCGUUCGUACAAAAAAUAUCCCCGAUCCAGAUAUGAUCACUGGCUAAUAGGAUAUUGGAAAUGCGUGUGUGUGAUUAGUUAAUGAUAGAAACACGCUCAUCUUGCUAACCAUUGAUGUAUCCAGAUCCUGGUAAAGGUUAACGCUAAACACACGGGUGCUAACGCUUUCCAUGUGACCGGCUAUGGAUUUGAACCUGCAACACUUAUUUGACAGGUCAAAUUGAUACUGCUGUGCCGCAUGCUUUCAUAUUGACAUUUAUUGAAGAAUUGGAAUAAAACAAUAUGUGGUAAAAAAAAUAGUCUAACAACCAUUAAUUUUGAAAUCAUAAUUGAAGAAUCGACUGUUACCUCAAAAAGACAACUGUAGUUGUACAUUAUUAGAAUACAGUAAGUAUAUACAGUAUAAUGUUUCAGGAAGCAAAUAAAACUACAAAAGUGUAAUAAAUUGAAA